CAUUUAAGUGGUAGCAAUCGAAAGGCAAAUUAUUCAUAAACACAGCAUCUGAACUAGAUAUAUCAAUAGGAAACAUUGUUAUUCUUUUAAGAGCCUUCCAAAGCGUCUCACUUCAAUUGCCAUUUGUAAGUAAAAUACCUCUAGCUCAAGGUUUUUUCGCCCUUCGCCGCGAUCUCAUCCCAGAUCUCUAUUGUUGCGGAGGUGGGAAUGAGUCUGCUCGCACACUGGAGAAGAUUUUUUGUUUCAGGAACUAGAACAAAAAUUGAUUUAAAUGACAUGGAAAAAGGUUUGUUUGCAUUACGAUGUUUUGGAGACAUGUCUGAUCAAUCAUACUGGAACAACUUUUAUGCCAGCCGUCAAGGUAACAAACACUUUGAUUGGUUUGUGCGGUUUGAAGAUUCCGUUGAAGUUCUUAAGCCUUACCUACCCCCUGUCAGUCACAGUUUUGUCACAAGAAUCUUGGAGAUUGGUUGCGGAACCUCAGAUUUCAGCUUGAAGCUCUUUGAACACUUAAAUCGUGACUGUCGCAUUGAUUGCAUCGACUUUUCACAUGAAGCGAUAAAAACUUUAAGAAAAAUUGUUGAAGAACGUGGCUUAGUUGCAAAGGAGAUUGUCGAGACAGAGGGAAAACUGGAAUCUAGUCUUGAUUUGACUGGCCUGGCAUACCAUCAAGCUGAUGCAAAGAAUAUGCCUUUCGCGGAUGAAACAUUUUCUUUGGCUCUAGAUAAGGGUACUUCCGAUGCAGUUCUAAAAGGACCUAAAGGAGAGGGCGCAUUUGCAGAAGUGUUACGUGAGUGUUUGCGUGUCUUGAAACCCUGUGGAAAGCUGAUUCAGUUCUCGGAUGAACCAUCGGAACUGCGUUUGGACGCAUUGGAAAAAUUCAAAAAUGACUUAGCUCAAUCGCACUCUACAGCGCUUAACUCUUUGACGUUACGUUUGUCCUGGCGAGAACUGGACACACGUUCAAGCUUUCAGCAUUAUUUGUAUGUCGUCCACAAAAAGGGUGUUGGCAUGGAUAAAAUUUAAGUUUUAGAGUUAUUUCCAACUGAUUGUGGAAAGUAAUAAUUUAUUGCUUUGGGUUUGCUUAGCUUUGCUCCCUGAUUGGCCCAAAAAACUCGCAUCACCUUCUCAACCAAUCAGAUUAAAAAAUUAAACCAAUCGUGACUUGGACAUUCGCGUUUCCCGUCUUUUAUGCAGUUUGCCUUUUUUUUUUUAAGUUUUUCUUUGCUAACUGUGAUGUCGACCUUGGCUCCGAUAGGGUAAUUAAGUAUUAUCAACUGAGUUGAUAACGUAAAUUGGCCACUCUAAAGAGUUUUAAAGCUGACGUCUCGAGCGUUAGCCCAUCGCUGGAGCGAAUGGACGAAAGUUAUUGAGUUCCUUAUUGGCACAGACGUACCUGAUACAUGGAAAACGAAUUGAAUUUUCCAUUUUGUUUUACUUCUCUUAACAUCAGAGGCCAACGGCUGAAGACGUAUUGUAUUUGUAAUGGAAAACAGUUGUUUCUUACUUUACUUUGCCUUCGCUCGUGACAGAUGAAUUUCACAUCCUUCUUUACGGAA